GACAGGGACCCUGCUCCCUGCAGCAAGAGGACGGGACCCAGGGCUGGGCCUCCAAAGACUUACGGUGACCCAGGGAUAGGAAGACAUCGGUCACAACAGCGGGGCCACAGACAGCCCCUCCUGUCAUAGGAGACCGGCCACCAAAACCUGACCGCACGUUCCUCCGGUUAAAAGCCAGGAAGCACUUUUAACACGCCAAGCAGAGAGAGCGAGAGCUGUCACUGUGCCGAAGGUAGGAAAGAGCACUGGCACAGCCGCUUUGGGAGGCAACUUACCAGAGCCUGUUCAGGAGAGGUGCUCGGCCUGAGACUCGGCAGGACCUGUGGCCAGUUCAGCUUUCACUGCAGACACACUCCUGAGUGUACAGGAAACUCGGUGUCUCUAUGGAACACACCGUGUGCGGCCGUGAAAGGUCGGGAGAAGCCUCAGCGUUCGUGAAUUUGCGACCCCUCAGAUGCCUCUGUACAGUGUUGGUAAGGCGGCACUCACGUGUAACCCAACACUUGGGAAGUGGAGAGGUUUAGUCCAUUAUCAUGGUGGAAAGCAUGGCAGUGUGCAAGCAGACAUGGUGCUGGAGAAGGAGCUGAGCGUUCUACGUCUUGAUCCGCAGGCAGUGGCUGGAGACUGUGUGCCACACUGGGCAUGGCUUGAGUAUAGCUCAGGAGCCAUGGCGUGGCCACCUCCCUACUGGCUGUGCAUGCUGGGGACCUUGGUGAGGCUCUCAGCUGCCCCAGCCUCCAAGAGCUGUCCAGACAGACACUACCGGACUCGGGGUGGACUGUGUUGCCAGAUGUGUGAACCAGGUACAUUCUUUGUGAAGGACUGUAGCCAGGACAGAACAGCGGCUCAGUGUGAUCCCUGUAUCCCGGGCAUCUCCUUCUCCCCAGGCUACCACACCCGGCCACACUGCGAGAGCUGCAGACACUGUAACUCUGGCCUUCUCACUCAAAACUGCACAGUCACAGCCAAUGCCAAGUGCACCUGCUCCAAGGGCUGGAAUUGCCGGGACCAGGAGUGUACAGACUGUGAUCCAGCAGGCCUCACGCUGACCAGACAGCCAUCUGAGGCCUCCAACCCACACCCGCCACCCACCCACUCAUCUUCUGCCACACAGAUGCCAGAGGAGGCCGGGACCAGCUGGCCUCUACACAGUGCAGCUGACUUCAGGCAGCUCCCUGACUCAACUGUCCAUACCCACUUGCCAUCCCGAAGACCUCUGUGCAGCUCAGACUGUAUCCGGGUCUUUAUGACCUUCUCCAGCAUGUUUCUGGUCUUAAUUCUGGGUGGAAUCUUGUUCUUCCAUCAAAGAAGAAAUCAUGGACCAAACGAAGACAGCCGGGCAGAGCCUGAAGAGCUCUGUCCUUACCGCUGCCCCAGGGAGGAGGAAGGCAGUGCUGUCCCCAUUCAGGAAGACUACCGGAAACCGGAGCCUGCUUCCUACCCUUGAACCCUUGAGUGGAACGGUGGGGUGCCAUCCAGGGAGAUCUGGGUGGUGGUCCGCUCCCCUGCCAUCAUCAUCAGAGCCCUUCUCUGUGUGCAUGCGACAAACUGCCCUUCUGAGGCUGCUAUUGACAAGAACAGAAUCCCCGGUGUGUGGUUCAGCAAGUUCGGAGAGGCUCAGGCUCUAGCUGUAAAACACACUAUAAAUGAGCAAAACUACCACCAAAGGGCUCAAGAUGGCUCAGCAGUGAGUGCAGCACCUGUUGUACUUCCAGAGGACGAGGGUUCGAGUCCCAGCACUGUCAGAUGGAUCAAAACCACCUGUAACUCCAGUUUCAGGGGAUCUGACACCUUUGACCUCCUCUGGCACCCAUAGACACAUGACAUACACUCACCCAGACACACAUACAUAUGAUUUAAAA